CCAUAAAAAAAUCAGUUUGUACCACAUCUAUUAAUUACAAGAAAUUUAAUGGAUUAUAAAGUCAGCUCAACAUUAAUAAUUAGAAGAGCUAGCUAGGCCUUGUUGGGUUGGGUUUUUGGGCUUAAAUGGCCAAGCCCCUUCUUCUCUAUACGAUGACCAACCCGUCUCCGUGGCCCCCACAGCCGGACGAUGCUUCCACCCCAUGGUAUGAAAUUUGGCUCUCCAAAAAACUAAGCCGGAUACUAAAGAGGAGGCUCUCCAAAAACUAAGUCUGGGAACAAGGCGACACAACGGGGUGCCAAACGACCGGGUACCAAGCCGGAUACCAAAGAGGAGGCUAUCCAAAAACUACGUCUGGGAACAAGGCGGAAAACUAAGUCUGGGAACAAGGCGGCACAACAGGGUGCCAAACGACCGGGUACCAAGCUGGAUACCAAAGAGGAGGUCAUCCAAAAACUACGUCUGGGAACAAGGCGGCACAACGGGGUGCCAAACGACCGGGUACCAAGCCGGAUACCAAAGAGGAGGCCAUCCAAAAACUACGUCUGGGAACAAGGCGGAAAACUAAGUAUGGGAACAAGGCGGCACAACGGGGUGCCAAACGACCGGGUACCAAGCCGGAUACCAAAGAGGAGGUCAUCCAAAAACUACGUCUGGGAACAAGGCGGCACAACGGGGUGCCAAACGACCGGAUACCAAGCCGGAUACCAAAGAGGAGGCCAUCCAAAAAGUACGUCUGGGAACAAGGCGACACAACGGGGUGCCAAACGACCGGGUACCAAGCUAGAUACCAAAUAGGAGGCCAUCCAAAAACUAAGUCUGGAAACAAGGUGACACAACGGGGUGCCAAACGAUCAGGUACCAAGUAAGGGGGUCAACGACGGGGUAUCAAGCCGGCGGAAACAAGGUGACACAACGGGGUGCAAACGAUCAGGUACCAAGUAAGGGGGUCAACGACAGGGUAUCAAGCCGGUUAGGUACUUUGACAUAGAAUUUGGCUAAGUAUGAAGCAAAAAGGGUAUCAAGCCGACAAGGCAGGCUUGAUGCCAAAAGAUAUGAAAAUUGGCUAAGUAUGGGGCCAAGAGGGUACCAUGCCGGCAAGGCGGGCUUGGUACCAAGACAUGGAAUUUGGCUAAGUAUGGAGCUAAGGGGGUACCAGGCGAGCAAGGCAGCCUCGGUACCAAGACCCCUACCAAGCCGGCAGCCAAGCAAGGUGACAAGGUACCAUGACCCCAAGGGGGUAUCAAGCCGACAAGGCGGACUUGAUAGCCAAACAUCAGGGUAUCAAGCCAACAAGACAAGAAAUUCGACUAAGGCAUGGUGACUAGUUGAGGUGGCCACCCAACUAUGGAUGGAUCGACCAGGAUGCCGAGCUCAGCCCUUAUGAGGCCAUAUGGAGACAAAGUCCAAAGACGGGCUUGGUAGCACCUUAACGGGGUACCAAACCGACAGGGUGCAACUUAGCAACUUGACGAAGCUACAAAAACUAAGUAUGGAGACCAAGCCAACAUGACUGGCUAGGUAGGGGUAUCAAGCCAAAGACACAACAAAAGCGGGAGCAAGAAAGGGAAAUAAAACUAAGUGUGGAGUCUUGGGGGCUGCCAAGGGUUUGGUCGAGACUUCAUCAUGGAGGCAAGGUUGAGGGCUUCAACCUCAUCCAGUCAAGACAAGGCGACAAAACCAACACCAAUUCGGUUGGGCGUCGAGGUCACAAAUAUCAACCAGUCAACAAGACGGGUCAAGGAGCUCCAAGGCAAUGGAGGUGAAGACCAAGGCGACGGUUACCAACUAGUCACCAAGGCGGCAAGAACCCGAGGCGAUUUGGAGCAAGAGGCCAGCUAGCAGUUACCAAGGCAGUUACGCCUAGUGGCUAUAAAUAGAAGAAACGAAGAAGAAGCAAUGGUUCCAUAACCAACCAUUUGACACACUAUGUCAAACUUUAUCUUUUCCUCUGCAAAUUAGCCAUAGCCUUAGUUUUCGGAGCUCUCACUGAACCUCCAUAGGAAUAGGUGUAAUUAACUUAGUUUGUCCCCAAAAAUCCAUCCAAAACAUCAAACACCCUCGUUCGAACAUUGUUCGGAGAGGAGUGAACCGUGUUAUUAAUCGUUGUUCAAGAAGUAAAGGUGCAAAUCAUUUAAUUCAACACACCAGUUUUUCCCGCCGGAAAACAAUAAGCAAGAAGUAUGAUCGGCUAAUAAGUGCGGGUGAGAGAUUUAUCAAUCCGCAAUCCACCCACAUCAAUCACCCACUGUUUGCGGGUCGAAUUAUUUGUGGAUGAAUCGAUAUCAAUCCACGGGUUAACCACCCACGUGUCCACCCUAGUGCCUGUAAUAUUUUCAUGAAACUGUGCUUUUCUAACUACUAGCUUGUUGUCUGACCUGUUGGUCGGAAUGCCAUUUGAACACAAUGUAUUUAUGAUGUGUAUUUAAAUUUUUUAAAUUAUUAGAAAUGUUGAAUUUCGUAUGACAUCAAUUUUCGUCAAAAAAAAAUCGUAAAGAAAAGGUGACAUCAAAAUUAUUUUUCCAUUUUUGAAAUUCUUAUAACUUUUCAUCAAUUGUGGACAUUGUAAUCUUAAUGGUUAUAACCAAAGUUGUCAAACCGGUUUAAGUCGUUGAGCCGGUCAAGCAAGUGGUUUGAAGCUUAAUGAUUGAUUAAGGUCCAACCUGUUUGAUCCGUUGUACACAUUUUCUAAAUAUAUUUACAUAUAAAAUAGAAAUUUAGGGUCUGAAAUGGAACGUACUAACUUAUAUAUAUUAAAAACUCAAAUAUUGAAAUUCCAUAAAAAAUACCUUUCUCAAGAUCCACCUACCAUCCCCUUACCUCUAUCCCCUCUGUCCCUUCCCUCUCUCUUCUUCUCCCUCUCUAACAAUCAGACCCUUGGUUUUAUAGAGCCCAUUUUGGAGUUCAACUUUGGUUGGACCUAGUCCAACCUGCCGUCCAAUAGAGGUGUCACAACCUUGGUUAUAACACUCGUAAAUAACUAUUCAUAACUUGUCUAUUUAUAGAUGUAGUUACUUAGUUGCCUAUGGUUGAAAAGAAAAUUGACAUAACAAAAUAAAAAGAGUUUGUCUGAAAAAGCGUAGCAUAAAUAGGAAACUCAUGAUGAUGACUUUUAGUCAAUAUUUAUUUAUUUUGCUUGAGAAAGAAUACAUAAUAGCAAUAUCUAAACCUUUAAGUAUAUGCACAAUACAAUAACAAAAUUAGUAAGAAAAUAACAUUUUCCAUCCAUAUUCUAUGUAAUGAAAAAAUUAUUUAUUAAGCAACAUACUCUAAAUUUAGUUGAAGGACAAUCUUAUUCACUCAACCAAUAAAUUAAACCUAUCAUG